AUGGAUCUCCCCGACAUUGAGCUCGAUCCCCAGCUCAAAUACUGGGUUCUUCUACCCAUUUCCUUCGUCAUGGUGUUGGUGGGACUUCUCAGAUCGAAUAUCACCGUGAUGAUGCAACCCAAUCCCAAAUUGGAGCCGUUUCGAAAAAUUCGGGAAAAGCAAUUUCUCAAGCGGGCGGCUUGUUUUCGUCAAAAUAAUGGCGUUUUAACUGCGAGUGAGUUCACAAAUCGUCAAAAUUACUUUAUUGAAACGCUAAAAUCUCCCGAAUUUUACGCUGAAAAGCCAGAAGCCAACGCUUCCCCAACCAACCCUUUCACUGAUCCAUCGAUGAACGACGCAUUGAUGUCGAUGGCCAAAGGAAACUUGAUGAACUACAUUCCUCAGACAGUUAUUAUGGGCUGGAUCAAUUUUUUCUUUGCUGGUUUUGUGAUCAUGAAGUUGCCUUUUCCGUUGACCGACGGGUUCAAGAGUAUGUUGCAAAAUGGAGUGGCGACGCCAGAUUUGAACGCAAGGUACGUUUCAGCCAUCUCGUGGUACUUUGUCAAUUUGUUAGGAUUGCGUCCAGUCUACUCUUUACUCAUGGGAGACUCGACCGCAGCCGACCAAUUGAUCCAGCAGCAGCAGCAGCAGCCCCUCCCCAAUAUUGGUGGCCCUGGAGGUCCUAAGGUGGACAAGGUAUUUGCAGCCGAGGCGGAAAAUAUUCAGAUUUUGUCGCACGAGUCGGUUUUUACGGGUAUCGUGGAUCGUGUACUAGCUGCUCAUUCGUAA